CCUUUAGUUUCUGGGAACCUUCCCUGCUGUCCAGAUAGCAUCCCGCACAGCAUUUCAGUGUCAUUCCUCUCAUCCAAGUGAACCGCGUGAAAUUCUCCGGGUACGAUGGCGGCAAGUGUGUUCGAUUGCAUCCAAAUGGGGCCACCAAUUGAGGUGUUUGCCCUCACCAAGGCCUACAAUGAGGACUCCUAUGACAAGAAAGUCAAUCUUGGUGUCGGAGCUUAUCGUACGGACGAGGGAAAGCCGUGGGUGUUGCCUGUUGUGAGGAGGACUGAGAUGCAAGUAGCAGCCAAUGAGGCACUCAAUCAUGAGUACCUUCCUGUGUUGGGAAAUGAGCAGUUUACAAAGGCAGCUGUUGAACUUCUUCUUGGUGAGGAUUCACCCGCUAUCAAGGAGAAACGUGCCUUUGGAUGUCAAACACUCUCAGGCACGGGGGCUCUGCGUGUGGGUGCUGAAUUGCUUGCCCGUCUUAUGGGUAGAACAACUUACUACGUCUCCUCACCGACAUGGGAAAAUCAUCACAAGGUCUUUACCUAUUCCGGUUUUACGCAAUCCAAAACAUACAGAUAUUGGGAUCCAGUGCUGAGGGGAAUUAAUUUUGAGGGUAUGAUGGCUGAUCUUGAGGCAGCUCCCGAGGGAUCUGUUAUUGUUUUGCACGCAUGUGCGCAUAAUCCAACCGGAUGUGACCCUACGCAGGAGCAAUGGAAGCAAAUUGCUGAUGUUUGCGAGAGUAGGAAGCUUUUCCCAUUCUUUGAUUCGGCCUAUCAAGGAUUUGCCAGUGGGGAUCCCAUUAAGGAUGCCUUUGCUGUACGAUAUUUUGUCUCACGUGGCUUUGAGUUGAUUUGCUCUCAGAGUUUUGCGAAGAAUUUUGGACUUUACUCCGAGAGAGUUGGGAAUUUAACAUUUGUCCUCAAUAGUACGGCCAAAAUGCCACCUGUUAUGUCCCAAGUGUCACUCCUUAUUCGUGGUAUGUACUCAAAUCCACCAGCUUAUGGGAGUCGUGUUGUGGGAACAAUACUCACAGACCCAAAUUUACGUGCCGAAUGGAUGUCGUGCAUCAAGACAAUGUCAUCGAGAAUAAUUCAAGUGCGAAAGCUCUUGUAUGAUAAUUUGGUUGCCCUCAAGACACCCGGGUCGUGGAAGCAUAUUAUCGAACAAAUUGGGAUGUUCUCCUACACGGGACUCAAUGAGGAACAAUCGGUGCGUCUUGUUGAGGAGUUUCACAUCUAUAUGCUCAAGUCUGGACGUAUAUCCAUGUGUGGAUUGAAUGAGAAGAAUGUGGAGUAUGUGGCCAAAUCGAUUCAUACUGUUGUUACGGAGAAGAAAUAACCAUCCAGCAGAGGCAAGCAUUAGAGGAUGUUUACAUGAGAAAUUCUCAAUAUUUCGGGUUGGUUUUGCCUUCCCUUUCUUUGUUUUCAUGCUUUACCUCUGUCUAUUUACACUCUGUCGUGGAAUUUAUUUGAUUUUCUUCCUUUCCAAUCCUUCGCACCUACAAUCCUUUCCCUUCCUUUCUUCUUCACUGUGAAAAACCAAAUAACAAUACAGGAUGACCCAAAUAAAUUAAUUUCAACGAGGCUUAAAUUCCCGAAUGCACUUUAUUAUGCUUUUUUAUGCAAUUUAAUUUUUAACAUAGAAAAAUAUCAUAACGUACUAAAAAAUGCCAAAAUGCUCAAAGCAUAAUUUAGAGAGAAUGAUGUCAAAAACAAAAUGAAUUAUGUGUCAAUAAAAUUGAAAUUUUUUAAACUCGCAAUAGAACAAUAAGUAAGUACAUAAUACUAUGUGAAAAAAUACAUAUAAGUCGAGGUUUUUUGGAUGAUUGUAUUUUUUGUUUUUGUUUAAAAAGCGAAAAUUCCAAUAAAGGGGCAUUUAUUGUUAAGGAACAAAA